AUGAAGGAAGAGUCCAAGGUCCAGGCCAUUUCGAGGUCAAGGGCAGCGUCGCGCGAGGACUUUAUAUUCCUCUGGAAGUCCAAUGGAUCGCAAUCGUCUACGCUCUACAACAACACCUUCGAUCGGGCAUUGGCGACACCGGCAGAGGACAGACCCACCGAGAAACUCAUGCGUGCCUACAAUGAAAUGCACUACGCCCAUACCGCUACCAAUACCGACACUUCGUCAGACAACUCGACGCAGUGCUGCACGUAUUAA